AUGCUGGAUUCACAAGUACCAUCCAAUGAAAAUUAUACUGAUUUUAAAAAUAUUAAGCCCAUGGAAAUAUUCAACUACCCCAAUCAAGUUUCAAAAAUUAUUUGGGGCAUCAAUUCCAAUAAUAUUUUACAAAUAUCAUCGCAAGUCAUGGACUUUAUUAAAGAAAUCAAAAUACCUAUACAAAUGGCACUUUAUUUGAUUGAUGUAUUUUCAUCAAUUAGAGAAAAAGAAAUAAAAUUGUUUGAAGAACUUUAUGAAAUGAUAUCAAACGAGUUUUCUUGCAUAAUCAAACCAGAAAAUGUAAAAUUAGCAACAUUAUUAUAUCAUAAAGGUUUCAGAUUUGAAGAGUUCAAACCUCCAAUGACAGAAGAAGAUAUUAUCAAUAUUUAUUCAAAAGAAUCUCCAUUAUAUUAUAUCGCAUGGGAUAAAGUUGAUGAGCUUAAAAAUAAAUUCUCAAAUCUUAAUUUCGAUAAGAAAAUUGAUGGAAAAAUAACACCCUUUGAUUGUGCAAUUAAAUACGGAUCAGAAUUAUGUUUCAAUUACAUGAAAAAUUUAGGAGCUGACUACACAAAAGAAUCAUCAAAUUACGCCGUUUAA